AUGGCAGAUCUUUCUUCGUGGGAAGAAGAUAUGAAAAAGUGGCUUGUGUUCUAUAUGCCUCAGUUUGUAAUUGUGAUAUAUACCGUCGUCAUGGGUUGUACCUUUUGUUAUAGGAAGAAAAGUGAGAUUACCAGAAAAAGCACACUUGAACGCUCGAAGUCCAAUAGUUCUUUAAAAGAAGAUCAGAAACCAAAAGGGGAUUCACCAAAAGGGGAAGGAGUAGAAAGACCGGAUAAUGGAGACACGUUGGGAAAAGACAAUGCAGACAUUCAAGUUAUUUUGUCAGAACCUCCUGGAAACACUCUUUCCGAUGGGUACAUAGAUAAGCUGGAAACUAUUCUUGAGACGGCAGGAAACUACCUGUGGGGCAUGAAAAAACACAUGGCAGCCGAUGAAGCAGCUUGGAAAGAGUUGGCAAAGCGUAUAACGCUUCUCCAUGCAGAGGGCUAUGACGUUCGAGCAGGGACGAAAGAAGCAAAAAUACGACGAAUGACAUCAAAAGAUGUGCCGGACUUAGUAGGAAAAGUCACAAGAAAACGGAAAAGAAGAAGCCACGGUGUCGCAGCCGAUGACUAG